AUGACUUCAAAAUAUUUACCCAUCAAAUAUUCGGAACAUAAAAAUGUCACCACAAAGCGCCUCCAAUGCGGCGGCGGCGCCGCGCCGUGCCACGCGCCGCGCGUGGUGAGGAUCUUCGUGACGGACGGCGACGCCACCGACUCCUCCGGCGACGAGAGCGACUACACCUGCGGCCGCCAGGUCCGCCGCCACAUCAACGAGAUUCGGCUGGAGAGGGCCCACCACUGCGGCCAUCAGGCGCCGGUCCGCCGCCGUGCCGGCGACAGAGAAAACGCCGGAAAAUCAGGCGCGAAGAAGAAAAACAAGCGGCCCCCGGCGCCGUUGCCAGCGGCGGAGAGUGGUGAGGGAAGGAAAUUCCGAGGCGUGAGGCGGCGGCCGUGGGGGAAAUGGUCGGCGGAGAUUCGGGAUCCGGCGCGGCGGGCGAGGGUUUGGCUGGGGACAUUCGGCACGGCGGAGGAGGCGGCGAUGGCGUACGACAAGGCGGCGAUCGAGAUACGCGGCCACAACGCCGUCACGAAUUUCAUGAGAGCGCCGCCGGAGCGGGCUUCUCCGGAGAGCACGAAAUAUUCCGACAAUGUGGAAAUAAUCGACGGCGGCGGCGGCUCGCCAAUUUCGGUGUUGGGAUUGUACGGAAAUGAUGUGAAAAAUGAGUACGAGGUUUCGAGGGAAGAAUCUCUGCCGUUGGAUGAUGAUUAUGAUUCACUCUUGGAGCAUUUCGAUUUCGAUGAUUUGCCGUUGAUAUGCGACGAUAUUAGUGUAUCUAAACUAGAAAUCGACGAUUUCGGAUCCUUAGCUUGGGAUUUUGGCUCCUUAAUUUAA